AUGCGGGACCAAGCGGUACGUGUCACUCCCGUGCUAGAAGCAGGAUCUGGAGAGAUGUUUCAUGUUCCUGUCAGUUCCCAUCAUCCGAACGCUGAGAGUUCCGAUGAGGAUUUCUUUGAUGCUGAAGAAGCAAACUCCGAGUUCUCAAUCUAUUUACCGCCGACCAGCGAGCCGGUUGGAGAGGCGCUUGAUAGAUCCGAAAGCGGCGCUACUUUGGAGGGUUCGCAUUCGACUCCGCGGUCAGAUUCUACAUCAGCGAUGUCAACUAGCUUGUUAGAUGAGGGUAAUGGUAUUCCCCCCGUAAAUGAGGUUGCAUACGAAUACGAAUCUGAUGUUUAUUGUACAGAUGAAGACGAGGACGAUACUGGAAGCCAGAUGAAAGCUAAAACACGGAAGCCCUUAAGGGAAGCUCGGGUUAUACAACCUCGCACAAGGAGACACGAGAGUCGUUCUGCUACUCUCGUUCCUUCAGGCGAUCGUGUUCUGGAACGCCAAGCAGAUCUGCAUGCUGAUCGGGCUCAGACAGAAUCUUCGGCUAGCGUUACACAAACCGUUUUUGUUCCAUCCCGUCAGCUGUCACGACCCAGACGUACGGUGAAUUUCAGUGAGCCGCUGUCUAUGCUGCAACGGUUGACCGAGGAUUUCGAAUACUCUGCUUGUUUGGAUCGUGCUGCGCAAUGUCAGGAUUCCCUGGAGCAAAUGGCACAUGUGGCAGCAUUUACAGUUUCCUCAUAUGCGACCACUGCGGUCCGUGUGAACAAGCCGUUCAAUCCGCUUCUGAGUGAAACGUAUGAAUGCGAUCGGACGGAUGACUUGGGUUGGCGUUCUUUAGCGGAACAAGUAACGGGAGCUGUAACAGACAAAUCGGGGGCGGUUCGUUAUGUGUUAAACGGCACCUGGGAUGAAUCUAUGGAAUAUGCCCCGGUAGUGAGCACCAGACAACCUAAAAACGGUAAACCCGUUCUGGAAACUGGUCCGGCUAGAGUAGCAUGGCAGAGAAAUCCGUUACCCCCAGACGCAGAGCGUAUGCACUACUUCACCUUAUUCGCUCUUCAACUAAACGAGGAGGAGCCCGGUGUUUGCCCAACUGAUAGUCGCCUCCGGCCUGAUCAGCGAUUGAUGGAAAUCGGGAAGUGGGAUGAGGCUAAUCGGGAAAAGGUGGUGCUGGAAGAGAAACAACGUCACCGGAGACGCCAAAUGGCUGCCAUUUUAGCUGCGAAGACUUUGGGAUUUUCCGACACAUCCAUCGAAGCGUCCGAUACAAAAUCUUCAAAACGUGGUUCCACGGUGUCCGGUGAAUCUGGGACCCUGACCCCAGCGGUGGUUAGCAGUUUCCUCGAUCAAGCGGACAGUGCGCAUCGGCCUCUGUGGUUUGAACGUCAAUUUGAUCAAGAUACGGGUGAAGCAGUUUUCACUUUCAAUGGCAAAUACUGGAACGCCAAAGCGUCACAAGACUGGUCCAUGUGUCCAGAAAUUUAUUAG